AGGAGCUAAUGAAACGAAGGGUGUAACGAUGGACCAUUCAGUAGAUAAAGUCUCGGAAGCUAAUGAAACGAAGGGUGUAACAAUGGAUCUUUCAGUAGAUAAAGUCUCAGGAGCUAAUGAAACGAAGGGUGUAACAAUGGAUCUUUCAGUAGAUAAACUCUCAGGAGCUAAUGAAACGAAGGGUGGAACAAUGGAUCUUUCAGUAGAUAAACUCUCAGGAGCUAAUGAAACGAAGGGUGGAACAAUGGAUCUUUCAGUAGAUAAAAUCUCAGAAGCUAAUGAAACGAAGGGUGUAACAAUGGAUCUUUCAGUAGAUAAAGUCUCAGGAGCUAAUGAAACGAAGGGUGUAACAAUGGAUCUUUCAGUAGAUAAACUCUCAGGAGCUAAUGAAACGAAGGGUGUAACAAUGGAUCUUUCAGUAGAUAAAGUCUCAGAAGAUAAUGAAACGAAGAGUGUAACAAUGGAUCUUUCAGUAGAUAAAGUCUCAGGAGCUAAUGAAACGAAGGGUGGAACAAUGGAUCUUUCAGUAGAUAAAGUCUCAGAAGAUAAUGAAACGAAGGGUGUAACAAUGGAUAUUUCAGUAGAUAAAGUCUCAGGAGCUAAUGAAACGAAGGGUGUAACAAUGGAUCUUUCAGUAGAUAAAGUCUCAGGACCUAAUGAAACGAAGGGUGUAAUGAUGGAUCUUUCAGUAGAUAAACUUUCAGGAGCUAAUGAAACGAAGGGUGUAACAAUGGAUCUUUCAGUAGAUAAACUCUCAGGAGCUAAUGAAACGAAGAGUGUAACAAUGGAUCUUUCAGUAGAUAAAGUCUCAGGAGCUAAUGAAACGAAGGGUGUAACAAUGGAUCUUUCAGUAGAUAAACUCUCAGGAGCUAAUGAAACGAAGGGUGUAACAAUGGAUCUUUCAGAAGAUAAAGUCUCAGGAGCUAAUGAAACGAAGGGUGUAACAAUGGAUCUUUCAGUAGAUAAAGUCUCAGGAGCUAAUGAAACGAAGGGUGUAACAAUGGAUCUUUCAGUAGAUAAACUCUCAGGAGCUAAUGAAACGAAGGGUGUAACAAUGGAUAUUUCAGUAGAUAAAGUCUCAAGAGCUAAUGAAACGGGGGUGUAACAAUGGAUCUUUCAAUAGAUAAAGUCUCAAGAGCUAAUGAAACGGGGGUGUAAUGAUGGAUCGUUUGGUAAAUAAACAAGAGACUUCGUCAUUCAAUUUAAAACACAACACAUAUUUUCAACAACUUGAAACUGCAUACGUACACCAUAGCACAUCUAAAUGCAAUGACUUAUUGGCAUCUGAUCAUUGUAAAAGUUUGCCAAUGACCAAUGAAGAUCUUUCUUGUUACAAUUUCUCAAAGCAAAAGAAAGAGACCGUAAUAACUACCUGGAGUGUUGAAGAAACCAAGAUUAGCGAUUAUAAAGUUGAUGAAAA